UGAAUCAGAAAUGUGGCUGAGGAAAGUCUCGUUCCUGCUGCUCCUCUGCCUCUCUGCAGUUCAGCAGGAGACAACAGUGAAGCCUGGAGACGAUGCCACUCUUCAGUGUCACUCUAAUAUCAGCGAUGCUGCCUUCAUGCAGUUACAGUGGACCAGACUGGGACAGAAGUCUGAUCGUUACGUGUUCUUCUAUCGAAACAACCGGUCGUACGAUAAUAAACAUCUUCAGUCUUUUCGAGGUCGAGUGGAGCUGAGAGAUCCAGAGAUGAAGGACGGAGACGUGUCUGUGAUUUUGAAGAACGUCACCGUCAAUGAUGCUGGAACGUACAAGUGUCACAUUAUCAGCAGCAAAACAGAGAAUGGUGAAAGAACUGUGUUCAGCAGCAACGUCAGCCUGACUGUCACAGACUCAGGUCCCUCAGAUUUACACAUGAUGCCUGCAGGAAAGAAGGAGGAAGGAGACAAUGGUGGAGUAAACGAGGAUGGGGGAAAGAUUAAGAAUCCUGUUGUAUAUGCGGCUUGUGGGACAUUUGCUGUCAUGUUACUUAUUGGUGCCGUCUUUAUCAGUUGUACGUUGAUGAACAAACAGACGUGUGUCCAAACAGAGAAAACAGAGAAGGACGCUGAACUUCAUGUGAAACAAACAAACCACAUGAGCCAACGUGUUGAUCAGCAGAUAUAUUAAGCUGUUUGAUCACAAGUGUGGGGGGGCCGAAUGUCUCCUCUGUCCGUGCUUUUACUCUGGAGGAGGAGGUUUACAGGAAAUGCCAAAAGUUAGCUGCUAAUGGAUGAAGUGCCGAAGGAAUGUUGUUUAACAUACUCUUCAUCUUUAGGUACAAACAUGUAUUUAUUUAGACAGAAGGCCUUAUGUGGGAUUGCAUUUUACGUCAAGUCAUGGGAGGAACCAACCUUUCCAUAUAUAUUGUGUGUUCAGCCCCUGUAAGUUAGAUUUUCACUAUUAGCAUGUGAUUUCUCCGGGUAUAUCAUGGUGCCUGUACUGACCUGUGAAACUUCUGUGUAAUAUACCUCUUCUGACUAUACCUUAAAUCAAAAAAGGCUUUAUUUUGAAGAAAUUGUACUUUCUUGAUUCUUGUUGUUCUUGGUUUGUACCCUCGGGGUUGAUGCACUUAUUGUAAGUCGCUUUGGAUAAAAGCGUCAGCUAAAUGAAAUGUAAUGUAAACCCUUUCAUGCAAAUAAGAACGAGGUCCGCUGAGAUUCCUUCAUCAACAACAACAUCGACAUCGCGGCUGCAUAGAAUAUACCAUACUGAUCAACACACAGUGAAACACUUUUCUGUUUCUGAGUUUCAGUCAAAUUCUAAGACACUUUUAACAAAUAAAUAACACUAAUAAUAUGAUAGGAUUUUAGAGUCAGAAACUUUCCAUGUGCUAUGUCUUCCUUAUGUUGAAAAUGUGUAAAUGUGAACGUGGCAGGAAGCUGAACGUCUGUUGCUGCAACAAGUGGAGUGCAUCUUUAACGUAAACACAACACUGACAUUUUGCAAGUUGUAAAUACUAACAAAUGUAUAAAAUGAACGUUGAUUUAAUCGUCAGCAGCAGAACAUGUGAUCAUCUCAGGAAUAAAGGAGUCAAACAGAAAGAUGAAUGUUAUUUUGAAUGUUAUGAACAUGAAUGUACUUUUUAUGUUAUCACCAUUUGUUUUACAUAUUUUUAAUAAAAAUAUUUUUAAAGAUUGUCUGUCAGUUGAACUCAUUCCUCCACCAAGAACCAAAAGUCUCUUAAAGUCUGCACCGACUCCGUCAUGUUUGUUUGGACAUGAUUUGCAAACUGUUGAUUCUUUACUGAAUCCACAUGAUCUCAGUGACACAUCAGUUAUAGUUACAGGUUUUUUAUGAUUUGUUAUCGUCAUGGGCUGAAAUAAAUACUUUCCUUUGAAUCAAAGUCUAUGACAUAUUAUUGUUCUGCAUUCUCUGAUUAAACCUAAUUCCAGUUUUAA